CCGCUGCGGGAGUAAUAUGGGGACGAUACAUCUGUUCCGUAAAUCACAGAGAUCAUUGGUUGGAAAGUUAACACAUGAAUUUAGGUUGGUUGUAGCAGAUAGAAGGUCCUGGAAGAUUUUGCUGUUUGGUGCUAUAAAUUUAAUAUGUAUUGGCUUCCUGCUCAUGUGGUGCAGCUCUACAAACAGCAUAGCUUUAACUGCUUACACAUAUUUGACAAUCUUUGACCUUUUCAGUUUGAUAACAUGUCUAAUAAGCUACUGGGUAAUGAUGAAGAAACCCAGCCCAGUCUAUUCAUUUGGGUUUGAAAGGUUUGAAGUUCUAGCCGUAUUUGCAUCUACAGUUCUGGCACAGCUUGGUGCUCUUUUUAUACUGAAAGAAAGUGCAGAGCGGUUUCUGGAACAGCCUGAGAUACACACGGGACGACUGCUGGUUGGUACUUUCGUGGCCCUCUUUUUCAACUUAUUUACAAUGCUUUCCAUUAGGAAUAAGCCUUUUGCUUAUGUCUCUGAAGCUGCCAGCACAAGCUGGCUUCAGGAGCAUGUCGCAGAUCUUAGUAGAAGUAUUUGUGGAAUCAUCCCAGGAUUAAGUAGCAUCUUUCUGCCACGGAUGAACCCUUUUGUCUUGAUUGAUAUUGCUGGAGCUCUAGCUCUUUGCAUUACAUAUAUGCUCAUCGAAAUCAACAAUUAUUUUGCUGUAGACACAGCCUCUGCUAUAGCCAUCGCUUUGAUGACAUUUGGUACCAUGUAUCCCAUGAGUGUCUACAGUGGGAAAGUACUACUCCAGACAACACCACCUCAUGUGAUUGGCCAGUUGGAUAAACUUCUUAGAGAGGUUUCAACUUUGGAUGGUGUGCUGGAAGUUCGAAAUGAGCAUUUUUGGACAUUAGGUUUUGGCACUUUGGCUGGAUCAGUACAUGUCCGAAUUCGGAGAGAUGCAAAUGAACAAAUGGUACUUGCUCAUGUCACUAACAGAUUGUACACAUUGGUCUCUACUUUGACUGUUCAGAUUUUCAAAGAUGACUGGAUCAGACCUACCUUAUCAUCUGUGCCUAUUGCAAACAAUAUUCUGAACCUUUCGGAUCAUCAUGUUAUUUCAAUGCCAUCUUUGAAAGCUGUUGAUAAUUUGAACCCUGUUACGUCCACUCCAGCUAAGCCCAGCAGCCCACCGCCAGAAUUUUCUUUUAACACGCCAGGCAAAAAUGUGAGUCCAGUCAUCCUUUUAAACACUCAGACAAAGCCCUAUGGAUUGGGCUUUAAUCAUGGAUCCACACCCUACAGCAGUGUACUCAAUCAAGGACUUGGAAUACCGGGGAUGGGAGCAGCUCAAGGAUUCAGGACUGGUUUUACAAAUGUCCCAAGCAGAUAUGGAACAAAUGCUCGUGGUCAGCCCCGACCAUAAUAAACACCAUUAUUUAUUGUACUUAAGGGUAUUGACUUAAUUCUUUUAUUACCCAAUUUUUAUAAACAUUUGGAAUGUCAGAUCAUUCUAAAUGGCUGGGAACAAGUGCAUUGUUCAUAUUCAUGAAAUGGUUAAAUUGCAACUUUUUUCUUUGCAUCAGCCUGUGUAAUGCCACAGAUAUUUUUCAAACUUAUGAUACUUUACAAGUAGUUUUUAUAGAGUGUCUAUUUCUACUCAUCUUUUUAUCCACUUUUCUUCAUUCAUCCAAGAAUGUAUUGAGACAUAGCACAACUCCAUAAGAGAGUAGAAUUGUGACCAGGUAGCAUUUUUUUUUCUAAUGCAAAUUGCUUACAGAAAUACAGGUCCCAAUUUUCAGAGAUGUUUUGAUUGCUUUAUUAAACCAUCUUUUGGCAAAGUCACAAUUAGUUUUUGGUUGCAGAAAUCCAUCAAUAUUUGUUUUGUGGCCAUUGUGAAGACAGUCUGGCAUUUCAGAUUGUAAUUAAUUUUGUGAGACCACGUUUUUACAUUUUUAUUGAUGCCUUUAUAGAAAUUCAGAUGGUUCAGCAACCAUUUUCUAGUUGUAAGUAUUUCAUAUUCAUCUCUGAUAUUUCUUCCUUUUUGGUUUAACUGCAAAAUUAUCUAGCAAUAUACUGGGAAAUAAAAUAUUUAAAACCUAAAAGAUUUUACAAGCACCUCUUUUUUACAAUUAACCCUAUUUAGGAUACAGAGCAGAUGACUGUAUUGUUUCUGAAGCCAGUAUUUAAUUUUUGACUAUGGAAAGUAUUCUGUGAUUUGAUUGUGACUUUGUAUUUUUCGUCUUUGUAUUUUUUCUGUAGUUUCAGGGGGAAAAGUGUCUAUUUAUAUUCCUGGUUUAUAUCCAGAGUGCAGAUUGGUGAUCGCUGACAGUUUUUAGUCACUGCUGGAGUGCUUGACCUUUGGGGCACACUUGGAACAAGACCACUUACCUUGUCUCUGCUUUUGCAUUACUGUUCUGCUGUACAUCUAGAUGGCCAUAUUUCUUCAGGGCCUUUCUCAGAUAGCUCUUUCCUCUGACUGUUUUCUUUUUCUUCACUGCUCUGACAACAGGGAAAGGCCUUUUAGAAAUACUUCAGUUUUUCCUAUUCUCCUGUGUAGUAUCUAUCUUAUGAUUGCUCCUCUGCACGUUCUUCUGCAUCUCUUGGCUGUUGAGGAAUGGGUUGCCCAUUCCUGUUGUUUCACUUGCAACUCAGGGUGCUAUAUAUUGGCUUACACCUUGUUCAUUUGUAUACUAAGUGGUCUCUCCAUUUGUCCGAGGUGGUUACAUGGAGCUGUAGUAUCUCAGGGAUUCCAAAGAUAUUAUGUUACCUGAAGAUAAUGGCUUUGAUAAAGAAAUCGUUCUCUUGUACAACUGAGUGGAGAAAACAGUCUUCAUUUGAAUUUUAAAGAUCUGUGGCCUCUUCACACUGGCUGAGGAUUUCUUUUUCUGCAUAAGAACACUGCAUUCCUCUUUUUUUUUUCCCUCCCUCUCCAUUACCUGUGUUUCUCCAGCCAGUGCAUGGAGAAGGGUGUCAUUCCUGCAAACUCAUGUAAAAACAAGGUGACAUUCUGCAUUAUGGUAUCUUGUGGGGAUAUUUUAGACUGGGAGUAAUGUCCAGACUGCUACUGGGAUACAAUCCAUGUAAGUUACAAGUAGGGAAUCUAGUUCUGUACUUCAUUUGCAGCGAGAAUGACAAUUUCAUUGCUGUUUUAGAAAAUGUAAAGACCUGGAAAACUUGCAUUUAAAGAUUACAAUGAGCUUAUAAAGAUUGGCUCUGUUUUCAUGAGGUCAGUAUUAACUCAGUAAUCACCUCUGUUUCAUUACCCUGUCUUUCUGUGUGCUCUAUUACACAUGCCAUUGCUGCAUGGAAAUUCCUGAAGUACAGAACACUUGAACAGAUUCUCUGUACCUCUUGGGUGCUGAACUAGACUGCACUUUCUACAGCAUCUGCAACACCUUAGAGCCAGCAGAAUGUUUACAAUAUACUACUCUUGUGUGGCCUAUUUGAGAAUUGUUCCUUACUCCAGUUUCAUAACCAAACACGCGCCCUUUUUCUGACAUUUUCAAUACAUUGUAUUAUAUUGAUUGCAUGCCUACUUGUUUUUAGUAGAAAAUUAAAGCUCCAUUUUAUGAAGCUGAUCUUUUAUUUAAAAUCAGAAGGGAGGACGAGAAUCCCAGAAUUCUGAGUGCAAUAUAAUCACUUUAACAAAAAUAUUUUUCAGAGUGAUUGUUUACAGUAUAUAUCACAUGUGCAGAUGAUAAAGAUUCUUUUAGAGAUUAGAAUAGCUUUUAAACCGUGUUAUUGUUGUGACUAUAUUAAGAAUAUUUGUUAAAUCAGCACAGAGUAAAAUGUCUCCUUUUAUAUGAGGAAAAUAAAAUCAGUGUAAUUCUUAAA